GACCUGUCCGUGACCACCGCACCGUACCCUCGCUUUUGACAUCGGCGGCGGUGGCGGCGGAGUGUGCGUGCCAGUAGGAAAGGUAAGAUGGCGGCGGACGGAGAUGCGGCGAUUCCGGACCAGGAAAAAGUGCGAAUAGUCUCGGAUUUUAUAUUGCACUCGCCACCGGGGGAGUUCAACGAGGUGUUCAACGACGUGAGGGUUCUGCUCAACAACGACAACCUGUUGAAGGAGGGCGCGUCCGGGGCCUUCGCGCAGUACAACAAGGACCAGCUCACGCCUGUUAAGAUAGAGGGAAGUGAUCAUCCAGCGCUUAUAACCGAACACAAUGAUUUGAGUUCUCAAAGGUUUUAUGAUGCACGUAGUAAGCAAAGUUUUAAAUAUGAUCACUUGAGGAAGGAGGCGCAAGAUUAUGAACCUUAUGAACCAGAUCCUAUAGCGGAGCCUUGGAGAUCAGCCUUUCAAGAUGAGAUAACGAGUUACACACAAAGUCAUUAUAGACACGGCGCCUGCUCAGUUUUUGGGAAAUCUUUUGGAGGAAACGUAACGCUAACGGCGUGCAUAGAAGAUCAUCAAUUUCAACCUAAAAACUUCUGGAACGGUCGUUGGCGUUCGGUCUGGACCGUAAGUUUCACUCCAAAUUCAGGAAACGCCGAAUUAAGAGGUAGCCUCAAAGUACAAGUACAUUACUAUGAGGAUGGAAACGUACAAUUGGUCAGUAGCAAAGAAGUAAAGGAGAGCCUGCCCAUCUCUAACGAAAAACAAACAGCAAAAGAUUUGAUAAGAUUUGUCGAAGAAUCCGAAAAUGAUUAUCAAACGGCAAUUUCCGAGAAUUAUCAAACGAUGUCCGACACCACCUUUAAGGCACUGCGAAGACAACUGCCGGUAAUGCGAACGAAAAUCGACUGGAACAAAAUUGUGUCGUAUAGUAUCGGCAAAGAGCUUAAAAGUCAAUAGAAAUAGAUUUUUUUAUAUAUAAUAAUAAUAAUAUUAAAAGAAAUAAUUAAAAGAAAAAGAGAAGAAAAGCGCAUUUUGCUGCAUGAGUGAAGUCUGGACGUGUGAUGUGCAUGGGAGCAAACUAUAACAAUACUAAGUAACGUCUGAUUAGAGAGAUAUUUCGACUCAUGCAUACCACUCAAGGUUCCUCUAGACUCUAUAUUGUAUGUUACAAGAAGCAAUAAAAAAAAAGAAAUUUAAUUAACAUUUUCGGCGUUAUUAAUUGUGUAAAAGAAAUUAAUUAAAAUUAUGAUUUCCCUAAAUUUUUACACACACAAGUUCGGCAUAAAGUAAUGUAAUAUUGAAUAGUUUGGUAUAAACAUGCAUUAUUUCUAUAAAUAUGAUGAUUGUAAAAUAUAGGAUCAGUAUUCACAACAGUGGAACCUUUGUAUAAAUGUUUCUUCGCUUUAAUUCUGAUCAUCUUUUUUAAAACUAUAUCCAUGAUAUUCGCAUUAUGCAGCAUAGCGCAAGAUAUAAUCUUUAACUUCGGAUGGACAUAAAAACGAUUAAUAACUGUCGAAGUAAAAGAAAUAUUUACUAUUUAUAAUGGGGUAAUGGGAAUCCUUGCUCUUAUGUUAAGUGAUCGAACUGAAGUUCAAUUCAAUGUGUUGAAUAGCUUAAAAUUUGUGAAACACGAAUAGCGAAAAUAAAUUUAAGCUAUAAUUAUAUAGUUAUGAAGUAAUGAACAGAUGCUGGAAGAGAGGAUGCAGUUUUUCAACUUUGACAUAAAACUUGUAAAUUCCUACAAAUUUUAUCAAAAAUAUAAUAACAUCAGUGAUAUCUCUCUGAUAAUGUUCAUUUAUAUUUUAACUUACAUAUUCGUUUUUGCUUGUAAGAAUUUAUUGCAAAUACAACAAAAAUUGGUAUACAAUAUUAUAUAUAUUCACUGAGGUUAUUAUUUUAUUGAUAAUCUUAUCGCUAUACAACUACAUCAAUCUGUUCUAGCACAAUUUAUCUGUCACUUGACAGUUCACCCUGACUCAAAGCAAAAUAGUUUCUAUCAUUUCAUUAUUGAAUUGAAUCAAAUAUUAAAAUUUGCAUAAUGUGUUAUUUACAUUUUAUGAACAUAAUUAUGGAUAGCGAAAAGUCUGUACGAUAAAUAUAACAUGAUAUAUGUAAAAAAAUAAGUUUUUUUUACACAUGUACUGAUGUGCAAUUAAAAUAGCGAAAUUAAUAGUUCCAUGUCGGGUAUAAAAGAAAUAUCUCUUUAGACUCUCAUUUUAAAAAGAAGACAAAUUGCUUGUAAUCCUUAAGACUUAGAUCACUUAAAAUGGCGCGAUGACAUCUCGUGUAUUUGAAAAUUGAGUAAAAAGACUAUACGUAUACGUAUAUACUUCAAUCAUUAAGUUAUUUGUCGAUACAAUAUGCUGGGGCCAUGGGUGAUGUCAACUGCAUAAUAUAUCAAACGUAAUACAAGGACAUUAGAUGUGUCUAUUUAUAAUUUGCCGGUAUCGAACACACCGUUAAGUGUUCAUUAUCACAUUCAAUACACAUAAAGUACGAAAAACAAGGAAACAUAACUCUUAACAGAUAUUGGUGGGCAAGGCCUACUAUUUUUAUCCAACUUUAUAUUUCACACAUAAAAGUAUAAGUCUAUAUACAUUUUUGUUAAAAUGUAUAUUGUUUUAUAAUAAGUAUGUCUAUUAUAUAUAAUGGAUACGUUACAAAGUUUAAAUAUGAACUACUGAAUGAAAUAAAUGUUGAUCAUUGCGCAAUUUGGUUUCUAAAUUGCAUUAAAGUAUGUCACUCCGUCGCGAAAGAAUCAUUCAAAUUUACAAGCAAAAGUGGGAAGUCUCUUGGUGCUAUCGCUUACUACACAUUACACAGCCAGACAUUGUAUGCGGAAACGAAAACUAACAAAGUACAUAAUACAUUGUACAUUGUAGAAUGUAGCCUAUAGCCUGCUGGAGCCUUAAUCUGUUCACUUUGUGUUGGGGGAAUAGGGAUGGGGACAAUGAAGAUUGGUCUUGAGGGAAUACUAUGUACAUAUGUUAUUUGGAUGAAUGAAUGCGACAACCAUCAUUUGACUCUUAAUGCAAUAGGAUUCGAAACAUGUGUGUAAUAUUAUUUGUACUUUGUAAGUUACAUCGUAAUUCAAGGCAUCAUCUUUACUGCAGCUGCAGUAAAAUUCUUGAAAGAGAAAAGGAAAACGCGAAAAGAGAUUCUUGCCAUUGAUACUUAAGGAUUCAGUCAAACAAGAGUACAUAUGGAUAAAAUACAAUAAAUUAUUUGUUAGCAUGCAAAGCGCGCAAUAACGAAGUUAUUCAUGUAAAUACAAUCUCACAUAUGCUAUUCAAGUCUCAUUGUUUGUAUUACGUAUGUAAAUUACAAAAUGGAGCGCGUUGAGAUAUGUUUCGAAUCUUGUCAAAACUCCAUACGACAUAGUUGCCUACGAUAUUGAAAACUAGGUAUUACCUACAAUCGAAUGUAUCGUAACAUAACAAAACGCAUGUCCUUAUGUAAAAAUUUAAACAGAAUACAUUUAUCAGUUAAAUUAUGUAUUAUUGAAUGUUAUGAUUGAUUAAAUAAAGUGAUAUGACACUUUA